UUUAACAUGAAGUCUCUGAAGGAGUUACACAUCAACGACAAUGACUUGCAGAACUUCUCAACCAAAGACAUAAUCUCAGGAAAAACCCUUUCACCUGUUGCUGCAGUAACCAACAUUUCCUGAGAUGGUCACUAAUGAAUCCUAAAACUCAGGUACUUCAUUUCUCUGAGUACACCUGCUCUUCACCUCCAGCAUAUAAAGGGAAAAAACUGCGGGCUUUCAAGACAUCCUCUUGCACAUCUAACCACGUACUUGCCCUGUAUAUCACAAACACUGCUGCAGUGAUAUUGCUGAUGUUUGUCUGCUUCUGUUGUAAAUGGAGAUGGUACAUGGUCUACACAUACCACCUACUACUUGCAUACCUUAUUGACAAAAGACAAAAAAUGAAGGAACGGGGCAUGGUAUAUGAUUAUGAUGCUUUUGUUUCCUACAACACACAUGAUGAAAAAUGGGUGAUGAAUGACCUUCUGCCGGUGAUGGAAAACCAAUAUGGUUGGAAGCUCUGUCUGCAUCACCGUGACUUUGAGCCAGGACGAUUCAUCAUUGAAAAUAUUGUAGACAACAUCUAUGGUAGCCGAAAGACCAUCUGUAUAAUAAGCCGCCAUUAUUUGGAAAGUGAGUGGUGUUCAAAGGAGAUUCAGGUGGCAAGCUUCUGCAUCUUUGAUGAACACAAGGAUGUCUUGAUUCUCAUUUUCUUGGAGGACAUUCCCAGUGAGUACCUUUCACCCUAUCACAGAAUGAGAAAAUUAAUAAAGAAGAAAACCUAUCUCAGAUGGCCUCAAGAAGCACAGGAAAUUCCAUUGUUUUGGCAUAAGCUUAAUAUGGCUAUGAAGACUAGAGAAGAAAAAGAAGAUGAGCAUCCUAUUGUGGCUGGAUUUUUUUCCAGUGAAAUUCUGUAAAGAUUAUGUUGUCUGGGGAAUCUGUCUGUAGUAGGGGUGGACAAUGAGUGGCCAUCCAAAAGUUGUUGGACUGUAGCUGCAUCAGCCCUAGCUAGUAU